UUUAUUUAUCUGGUCCGGGCCAGAGAGCGGUAGGUCCGUGGCGCCUCUCAUAAAUCAAUACGGCCAAGUGUGUACGCAUGCCAUGGCCUCCCCAGUAGGUGAGGAAAUUUUAGAAGAUGUUCCCAUUGAUGAUUUCAGAGGUGCAACGCUCCGCCUGGACCCUGCCUCAGGACAACCGUCGAGAAGUGUCAGCCCCAACUGUGACAACACCUCCAACAGAUAUGUAGAUGAUAGAAACCGUCCUGUCCUGCGUACAGCAAUCAGCGACCCCACUACUGAUGUAGUUACUCCGCCCACGCCCGACCAGGCCAACAACUUUUACUGUAGUCAAGGUUUGAGUCGGUCCUUUUAUCAGCAACCUCCUAUAGGCCGGCCCCGACGAGCCUCGUGGCACGCAGACACGGGGAGCGAACCUGCCAUAGAUGAAUUCUUCUCCGUCAGAGUUGGAGCACUGGAGCAGGCGGUGGAGGAGUGCCAACAUCUCACUGACCUUGAGACUGAUGGGGCGAUCAAAGGGGCAUGGUUGUUAACCGAGAUCAACCACUGGGAUAUUGAGAAGGAACGUGUGGUGAUUCUGUGUGAGCUGUCGUUAUUAGUGGUCAAAUAUGACUUCAUCGCCCUUCGUCACAUUGAGUUCACUCGCAUAUGUCUCACCUCACUGGAAAAUCUUCAGAUUGGGGAGUUGACGUACCCGAGCCAUUCUCUUGUACCUCGGAUAAAUGGAAUUGCCGGAGGCGUGGUGACAGUCAUCCGCAGCUGUUUGUUGAGUCGCCUUCAGAGCACCAUAGCCACACUCAGCUCACGGGCGACCGGAGCUCCCAGUUCACCGCAGAAAGAAACUGUGCCAGAGAACCAGUUUUCCCUCUCGACUGUUAGCUUUGAGCCAAGGGCACGCAACAUGCAAGGUUUCCGUGUGACGUGGAACAACGGACACCAGAUAUCAUUUGCUCAGAAGUGGAACCCUUGGAGUAGGGAUAUUCCUUACACAACAUUUACCUCACAUCCUCUUUAUUGGUACACAGGUUGUGAAAACAGCACCUAUGAUGCCAAGAGCUUGGCCAAGGAGCUAAAGUUAGCCAUAGAGAACAUGCUGGACCGGCCCGAUACAGCAGCAACCUGCUCUGUCAGCCAGAGUCCUAUUGUUAUUGAGAAUUAUGUAGGCAUUGCAUCUCUACUUCACAAUGCUACGGAGCUUGGCUUCUUCAAGCUUCGGGGGAAAGUGAGCUUCUGAAAAGGUAUGGCGGGUCGCUGCGUGAGCCAAUAUGAACAAAUGAAUACUGCCAGAACUAAGUUUAGGUUGAAGAUUGAAGAAGAUUUGUUGCAUUGAAUGAUUGACUGAAGACGGCCCUCGGAAGAUGCACUCGGGAGUGUUUGGUUAAUUAGUCAUUUCAUUGUUUUGUUUAGUUGUGUUGUUUAAUGUUUCACUGUGUUAGUAAUUGAUUCUUGAGUUCCUUUACUUAUACAAUACUAUUAUUAGAAUCUCUUCAUUAUCUUCCUUUAGAUUCAUAUUUUGUGAUCACUUAACACUGUGUUGUUUUAGUUGGUGUGUCUUGACAUUUUAAAGGCUGUGCCAAAUUGUCCCAUCAGUGACGAUUAGACACAAUGCAUGACAAAGGUAUAUGGCCAGUGGUAAAGGUGUGAAUAUGAUGCACUGACUGUGUACCAACUAGGGAAGCACAAGUAUACUUUUAAUCAGUAUAUGUGAGAAAGAUUAGCAUACGGAGAUUGUUUCACUUUUAGAAGCAAUCGGCUAAAGUGCAAAUAUUUUCAAGGGAUGAUAAUGGAUUUUGUGUUGUUUCUCUGACAUGAGAAUGAUUAGGUGUGUGUUUGUCUGAGGUGGUUAAAUGCCUUGCAUGUACUGUCUUGCUUUCAGUCUAAGAAGAGUUGAAUGAAGACAACUCACGUGUUUAGCAAUGAGUCAAAGAAAGAACAUUAUCACAGAGCUCCAUGGUAGGAGAUCAAAGAGGAAGGGAAUAUUAGGUGAACAUUUAGUAUAUCAUGAUUCAGUUAGUCGAAGAUUUUCUAAAAAAAUCAAUAUAUAUGUAAUUUAUGUACUAGAUUAUCACUUGUGCUUACCUCUAUAUCCCUAUGUAAAGUACCGGAGUACCAAUUGAGGCUCUCCAAUUGGUAGUGACGAAUCAACCAAUGGUGCCCAAAUCAGACUCUUGUUUCAACAAGAAGCCUGAGAAUCUGAUUUGGACGCCAUUGGUCGAUUCAUCACUAUCAAUGGAAGCGCCUCAAUUUUGUGCUUACUUCAUUGUCUCUGUGAAUAUUAUAUGUACUUAACCAUUUUCAUCUUAGAUAAUGUUCAAGCUUUUGGUAGGCUGUUUGUGUUCGUAAUGAAGACCCAGCCGUGACUAAGACUGCUGGGUUAUCUAAUCAGUCUUGUAAUAAUAGAAUAAUUGUGAAUUCUGCCUUAUUGUGGAUGGUUAAAAUUUCAAAUAUUUUGGAUAUUGGAAAUAUUGAUAUAAGAAUUGGUAAUAGUUUCCAUAAUGUAGUGUGUGUUGUCCAGCCAUAAAACUGAUAGCAUUGACUACAAGUAUUUGUCUAUAAGGUUGAAAAUCAGCUAAACUAUAAUUACAAGGUUGAUAAAGUCAAACUACAGUAUUUAAAUGCCACUCAAAAUGCCUCAUUUGUAUAGCAUUGAGAAUAUAUUUUAGCCCCUGGCAUUAACAGGUUAUGUGAUCUGGAUGUAAGAAUAGUUUACGGCAAAUACUGUGUCUUGUUGGCCAGUGUGAUGAACGUAGAUCACCCAGGCACACUUAUUAUUAACCAGAGUAGAGCCAUGUAUAACAGAGAAUCAUUAGCAUGGUUUAUCUGUGUCAUUCACCAACACACACACAUGCUAUCACAGUUUACUUAUUUUAUACACCAAAUAUGUGCACGUUCUCAUAAGUAGUUGUCAUGUGUGUAAGCCAUCACAUGAAUACUUCCUAAUCACACACCAGAUAUGUGCACAUGUUCAUCACAUAAACUGUCACCAUUGGUAUCCUUCACAGUGAACCAGGAGUGUGUUGAGGCUGGUAAGGUUUGUCAUACAUCCUCAGUGAAUCGAGACCAUCGUAUUUAUUUCCAUUUGAGUUACGUUUAGGUUUUGUACGAUCCUUUGUACUGUAUUGGGAAUCUUGAGUUUAUUCGUCCUACUGUGAGAUUAUUGGUCUAUUAUCUUACUCGUAAUCUUCAUAAUGUCUCUUCUCAUUUGACUAAGAGAACAGGAAGGAUAAACAAAACACUGAUGUUCUUAUUAAUUUGGCUUACAGUCUUCAGUACUAUUUGAUGGGAAACUGUAGAUGUAUUUUUUACCUGGAGACUGUAUGUCCGUCGUCCAAUUUAACUAGAGAGUGUUUGUAUUAUAUAUGAUUUUAUAUUAUACUUCCCAUCAUUACUGUUUGCUAUGUAUGUUUAAUAGUCAUGACAAUAUAAUGAUGAAUGAUACCUAUUAACCCUAGACUGCAGUGAAGCUUAAAUUGGGUAAUAGUUUAUGCAUACAGUAGACAGGUGCGAAGAAACAAUCAAAUCAGCAUCACAAUAACUAAAUAACCUAAAAAGAUCCAAUGUUUCCACUCACUAACACUUGGUCUAAUUCCUGUGUUGAUUUUAAAAUGAAAGUACUUGUAUUAAUAGAUUUUAAUAGAACAUACUAUACUCUACACUAUCACAUUAAUAUCAGUACAAAACUUACAAACAAAAAAGAUCUGCUACUGUACUGAUGAAUUCACUUUAGUUCAGUGUUUCUGUUAUAUUCAGCUUGUCUUAAUACCCAAUUUGAUGAUCAUUGCCUCUAAGUGGAAAAUAUAUAUUAUAGCUUCACUCCAACACAAGAUUCUAUAUCUCCUCAAUAUAUACUUAUACGUACAUAUAUUUGGUAAUUUCUUCACAUAGUUUAUUGUAGUUGAGUGGAAAUUAUUUUUAUUGGAUCUUGGAAUGUGUGAGGGAGAUUGAAGAAGUAUGGAAUUGGUAUUAUACUGUGUUAAGUGUUCUUGUUGAAGCUGAAAAUUUUAUUGCUUAUUGUUGAGGUUCGUUUUGUUUGUAUAGUUUAUAUGUACAGUUGGGGGGCAAGAGUCCCCCCUCCCUUCCUCCCCCCUCCCAAACUGAAGCAGUGUCGACCCCAAUUGAAAUAAAUCAGCAUACCCGAACCCGAUGACUGUCAGGGUAAGAAAUUUCGGAGACUCGUUCCCAUGGCUCAGUUUCACAGUGAGGAAUGAACUUUUGUCCACAAUUGUAUUGACUAUAUUGUAAUGCUAUGUUCUACAGUAUGAUAUAAUUUAUGCCAUGAUCAUUUGUACCUGAAAAUAAUAAAUGUACCUUUGUAAAUGAUAUAUCAAAACAUUAAAGCUUUAAGUUUAGUUUAAAGUUAAUGAAAUUCAGAGUUAAGUUAAACACAAGUUGUGGAGCCCAAAACAAGACUCAUUUUUAAGUUCUUGAUCCGUCACAUUAUUGGGAGGGUGAGGAACUGUGGUGAGCCUGUUGUAAUAAUGAACCCAGCCUUGGACUGUGGACUCAAACUGGCUCCUUGAGUUAUGAUUGCAGUACAGUAUAGUGAAAACCCCAGAGUUAUAGUUACUUUAGGUUAGAAUUAGAAGUCAGUUUGUUUUUCAUGACAUAUUAUAGUUCCUAUUGGUGUUCAGUUUCAGGGGAAUAAAGUUUUCAUUGAUGGUAUUUCAUGUACAGUAGUGAACAAUUUUCUCAAUAUAUUCCCAUAACCAAAUAACAUAAAAUAGUACUGUAUUUUUUAUUGCAAUUUGCAUUUCACAUAACAUGGUCUCUACAGUAAUAUAUACUGUAUAUGUAAUAGUUUGUGACAUGUGUUGACAUGUGUUUUAAUGAGUUUAUUCUGUUGGUCAUCUGUUUGUAGGACAAGAAUCUUUUGCUAUAGUCUCAGUACCAGUUGAUGUGUCAUGUCUUGUUAUUGUAAGAUUUCUACUGGCAUAUCAGGUGCAUUUUUGUAGGAGUUUGAAUGUAUGUGCGUGUGUUGGUAUAUAGUACUCUACUGUAUACUGCACUCAAUGUAAGUACAGACUGAAUGUCACUACACACGGCAUGGAAGUAUAUAUAUUUAAUAUACUGAAAUAAGUUUGAAUUUUUCAGAGUUAAGGUUUUAACCUAUUCAACACUCUCAUUAUUGUAAGUGGUGUAUUAAUUAUGUUCUUGUAAAUACAAUUCCCUACCACAAUAUUUUCAAUAUGCUACUGUACAGUACUGUAAUUGAUUUCCAAGAUCAGUUGGACUAAAAUUCUUUAUUAUAAAGUUCUUAUCAACAGUUAUGUAGCAUCUUCUGGAGUUGAACAGAUAACUUAACAUAUAUUUUUAACCAGUACUUUUUUGUCAACAGUACCAUAUCAUAUGCCCAUUUUAUCAUUCAACUGCGUGACAAUAAUUAUGCAUUUAUAUGCUAGUAAUAAUGGGGAACAGCUUGUGAACACUGUGCACUAGAUGACGUCUUGGUAAUAUUCAGUCCAUCCCCCUCCUCCUCUCCCUUGUAUGGACAAUAAUUGUGUAGAAACUUGUAGCAGAAGCAGUUUAUAUCAUAUCGGAGUUGCAGGCAAAGAAAAUAGAAUUAUUUUUUAAAUCUAGUCUUAACUAACCAGGGUAACUCAUCAUACCUUUCUUUUGAUGAGAAUAUGACCUAACAAGCCCCUCAAAAAAUAUUACUGUAUUAAAAAAACUGUGGGGUUUAACUUUCCAGAAGCCUUUAGGUUUAACUACUGUAGUUAUGAUUUUUUUUCCACGGACGCCACUUUUAAUACCUGUAUUUUAUUUGGCUAACACUAAGCGAUUUUAUUCAGCAGAGAGAGAGAGACCCCAUACACAAGGGGUUAAGUAACAACUAAUGGUGAUGUGAAAGUUACUGAGUAUUAUUGUUAACUUCCAACCACUAAAAUUCAUCACGGUUAAUUUUCCAUCUUGGUGACCAAACUUUUGUUUACAGUGCAAUAUUUAAUAUAACUUUGUUGCAUAAUUUUUAGGAUGUGAAGUAAGGUUGUGCUACCAGCCUUGUUAUGUAAUUUAUGACGGUCAGGUGUUAUUACUCAUUUACUCUCGUUAAUGUGAUGAAAUGUCUAACUUGUUGGUGUUUAUUCAGUUUUAUUAUAGAGUAAUACAAGAAGAUUUACGAGUUCCUCAUAAGUCAGUGAUUGAAAUAUGCUAUUGUAAUAUAAAUGCUGACAUGCUCAUAUAAUGCUCAUAGGUCAUUUACAUAUGAAGGUGUGGAUACAUACAAGUUCACAUGCAUAUCCUUCCUCAUACAGGGUACACUUAUGCAUAAACAUAAACUGUACACAUCUACACAUUCCCAGAUUAUUGAAUGUUCUUACACGUGCACAUAAGCCUGCCUAUACCAACAUAAUUGAACAUGUGCAAAUACAAAUUCUCUUUAGUAAAUAUGCUUACAUGUACACCCAUAUAUACAGGCCUCUUUAAUUGUAGCUCUUCAUAUAAUAUCACAGAAAUGAAGUAAAGUUUUGGGAUUAUACAUUAAUGAAAAAAUGUGAGUCCGUUGUAUCUGAUCAUGGCUCUGUGUGUGUGAGCUACUGAGUUUAAAGAGAAGAUGGAUGUGUCGGUAAUCGUUGAGAAGGUGAUAGGAGGAGGAGUGUAUGCAGAGUCGAGUUAUUUUUUGAGGAAUGAUGAUGGUUAACUGAUUGAUCUGGUUGUGUAGAUUAUAGCUUGUGGUUGUGUCUUGACUGAAGGGGAAACUAUUUGAUAUGAACGUCCACUUACUUGUAAAAUGUCCUGUAUAGAUGAAUGAAGACACAAGAUUUUGGGUUUUGGGCUGAAGUGGGGUUAUAGAAAGUUGUAUUUUGAAGGAUCUUUUGUGUGUAAUGAAGGGAUGCUCAGUGUGUAAUGAAGGGAUGCUUAGUGUGUAUGUAUGGCAGAAUUGAGCUUAUUUAGUGAGUGUCUAGUAUUAGCGUUGGUUACUGUAUCAUAUGAUGGCCUAAAACUAGUGGACCUUUUUCACUUAACUAUGAAUGUCACCCCGGUAGAACCAUGUCUCAUAAGGUGUUACUAUAUUGAGAGUACCAUUAUUUCUGUGACUUGAAGUACUGUAGUAGAAGUUGCUUUGAUUAGGGAAGCUGUACAAAUAGUUAUGAAUCAGUAGUAUAUAUCUCAAAAGGAAAGUAAUAGAUAAAUAAUUACAUCAUGAAAGGAGUCCAAGUCAUUCUCAGGUGGUGUGAAUUAGGGGCAAGUUGCAGUAGAUAGUUUGUGUGUGUUUUGCAAAAUUUAUAGAUGAAGAAAAAGUUAUAAGAGCUUUGAUAGAGGAAAUUUAAGGAUUAAGGGGAAAAUGUGGUUAGUCAGAGAGGCUCUUUUAUACCACUUUAGAAUACAGGUAUAUUUAUGAGACUAAUUACAGUAAACAUUUUAUAGUACAGUAGCUGACAUGACCUGGUAGUGGUCACUGUAAUAAAAGGAGAAAUUUUUAUGUUUGUGAACAGAUUCUCUUAAAGUGAUGUGUUAGUAUUGGGAUUCCUGAUUAAUUAAUGAAAUAUGAGGAAUUAGCUACAUUAGUCUCCAAGCUGUUAAUGAGAGAGGUUAGUAAUUGAUAGAACACUGCUAUAGGUACUGUAUUAUUAAUCAUUUAUGAGCAUAAUAACACCAUAAGGGAAUAAUAAGCCUUACACAGAAGACAUACAAUUGAAAAACAUAUUAACAAGUUGAUGUUUAGUUGAGAAAGCAAGUGUAAUGUUUGAAGCAGUGUAUUUAUAGCGGUGUUUAGUUCAUUCCCUACAUGUUUACAGUGUUCCACUAUACUGAUAUCACUUCAUGAUGUGAAUGUUCAAACACACAUAUGACAAUAUGUAUGAUUGACAACUGCCACCUCAUCUCAUCUGGUUAAUAUUUUUUUAAGUAUAUAUAUAAAUCUUCCUUUACUAUUGUGAUAAUAUUGAGAUAGUGGAUCAUAUUGUCUCAAGAUGGUCUGUAUUGUAGUGUCCUCCUGUAAGGUUGGGGGUCACAUUGUCUUUUUUUUACUGUCAUCUAUUUGUCUUUUUGUGCUAAAUUUAUGACUUGUUCUUUAUAUAUUUUGGCUUUUGCUGUGGAUCCAUAAGCUACUGUACACAUUUCAAGAGGUACUGUGUGUUAAAAUGUGUUUCUCUUGGGUAAAUUGUCUCCCUGAGUGAAAGAAAGACUCAGCAGUUGUGUGGUAAAGCUGGUAAUGUUGCACUUGAUGUUCUUAACACCACAAGUUAUAGUUUCCCUCCAUUAUUGUGGUAGAAGGUGGAAUAGGUUUCCCACUGUGGAAGAAAUCAUUACUUGUAGUAAAGUACAGUACUGGACUGUAGUACUGUACUAAAGUUACUUUCUACCAAAGAUUCUUGGAUCUCAGAUUUUGUUCCUGAUACCUGUUAAAGCCCAUACUACUACACAUAUAUAAAUAUAUAUUUAUAUAUAUUGUCAUUUAUAUAUAUUAUACACGGUAUAUAUUUGCCCAUGUGCAUAAUUAUUUACAUAUGUAAGAUUCUUAAGGCCAUGAUAAUGGACUCGAGUGUAAGGCUUCAACAACACUCAUUGUGGUUGUGUGUCAUAUCAGAUUUUUGGGUCUUUAAGAAAAGUAUAGAAACCCAGAUAUGCUAAAUAAUGUAUUUAAUUUACCUCUUGUAAACUAACUCAUAUUCUCAAGAAAAGAUGAUAACUUUACUUCACCUUUACAGUAUUUGUGUUUUCCUUUCAAUAAACACAUAAAUACACAUGAUAAAUAACAAAAAAUUAUCAUUGCUUAAUUCUGCACCAAUUAAACAACAAAUACAGUAACUCAGUAGUUUCAAAGUACAGUACAAUACAGGUGAUUAUGUAUUGAAGAAAUGUAUUACAGUACAGUAUUUUGUUCAGUAUUCUGGUAAGACUAUUAGUUUGGUAAGUUUGAGUGUGUGUUUGUCUUCAUACUUUACACCUAGACCUAGGGAUACCUUUCAUUUUGUUAAUUAAAAAUAUGAAGUCAUAUUCUUUCUUUUAUAAAAUACACUUUUGAAUUUAUAAUAAUGAGAAGAAUGUGUAAUGGUAAUGGUUGCCUGUAGGCCCAUCCACCUCUUGUCUCUCUCAAUUCUUAUUUCUGUACUUUCUUCUCUCUCUUUCCAUUCUUCUGUAACUCUCUCUCUCUCCCUCUCUCCCUCCCCCUUCCUUCCUUCCAUUCAUCUACUACCUUCCUUCUUUCUCUCUCUCUCUCCUUCCAUUCUUCUACUUCCUUCUCUCUAGCCGUGAAAUAUUGAACACUCAGGUUAACAGUACAGUACACAUUCCUUGAUGCCUGUAAUUAAAAUACCUCACUAACUUUCCUCUUAACAACAAUCAUUAAAUAACUACAAUGUCAUGAGAUCACUUAUAUACUAUUCUAAUGUGUAUUGUAUUUAUUUUAAUUUAUUUAUUCCCAGGUACUAAUUAGGUUUCAUUUUAUUUAUUUGAUGUAAACUGUAUUAUACAUUAUACACAGACCAGUCCAGUUUCUGCUAGUUAAUAGAUAUACAACUGUUUAACAUUUCUAUUCAUAUAUUUUUUUAUUGUACAAUAUAUACUGAGUCAUAACAUUGACCAAAAUAAACUAAUGAAAUCUGGGAUUACUUGAAA